GGGAGCUAUGCCACUCUCAGCCACCCCGGCCUGGCCGGGCUGCCUCUGCUAAGGGGCCUUCUUUAGUUUGGGGCGGGGGGGCCCGGGAGGGGGGGCAGGGGAGAGCCAGGUUCUUCUUGGGGUGGGGGGGGCGCCCGCCGGGGCAUGAGGGCAAGAGCGCAGCGGCGGGGGCGGCCAGAGGGCGAGAGAGCGGAAGAAAAAGAAGAAGAAGAAGAAGAGAAAGAAAAGAAGAGGAGGAGAAGAAGGAGGGGGAGGAGGAGGAGGAGGAGGGGGAGAGGAGCGAAGGAGCCCCCCCUCCCUCCCUCCCUCCCUCCCUGACCCCCCCCGCGGACCCCCCCAGCGCCCCCCCACCCCACCCCCCCGGAGCUCAUGGAAGUAUGAAGGAGAUGGUAGGAGGUUGUUGCGUGUGUUCGGACGAGCGGGGCUGGGCGGAGAAUCCGUUAGUCUACUGCGAUGGACACGCGUGUAGCGUCGCUGUCCAUCAAGCUUGCUAUGGCAUCGUCCAGGUGCCCACCGGACCCUGGUUCUGCCGGAAAUGUGAGUCACAGGAGCGAGCCGCCAGGGUGAGGUGUGAGCUGUGCCCACACAAAGAUGGGGCAUUGAAGAGGACGGACAAUGGAGGCUGGGCCCAUGUGGUGUGUGCCCUGUACAUCCCCGAGGUACAAUUUGCCAAUGUGCUCACCAUGGAGCCCAUUGUCCUACAGUAUGUGCCCCACGACCGAUUCAACAAGACUUGUUACAUCUGUGAGGAGCAGGGCCGGGAGAGCAAGGCAGCCUCAGGAGCCUGCAUGACCUGUAACCGACAUGGCUGUCGGCAAGCCUUCCACGUCACCUGCGCCCAGAUGGCCGGUCUGCUGUGUGAGGAAGAGGUCUUAGAAGUGGACAACGUCAAAUACUGCGGCUACUGCAAAUACCACUUCAGCAAAAUGCCGGCCCAUUCCCCUCCACCCCUCCGCCAGAAGCCGUCGAGGCACUCCAGCGGGGGCUCCGGGGGAGGCAACAGCGGCUUCAUGGCUGGCCGGAGAAGCCAGUCCGCCUCGCCGUCCUCCCAGGACAAGCAUGGCUCCCACCACGAAAGAGGCCCAAAGAAGAGUCGUAAGGACAAGGAUCGGCUCAAACAGAAGCACAAGAAGAGGCCCGAGUCUCCCCCCAGAAUCCUCACUCCUCCUGUGCCCCCUGUCACUGACAAGGGCUCCUCUUCCUCUUCCUCCUCCUCUCACCAUGAGGGCAGUGCCCGGGAACCCCCCGAGGGCAGCAGGGAUGCCAAAGGGAAAAAGUCUUCCAGCCACAGCCUCAGCCACAAGGGCAAGAAGCUGAGCAGUGGGAAAGGCGUGGCCAGCUUCACCUCUGCCUCCUCCUCUUCCUCCUCCUCUUCUUCUGGAGGGCCCUUCCAGCCCACAGUCUCUUCCCUCCAAAGCUCCCCGGACUUCUCAUCCUUCCCCAAACUGGAGCAGCCGGAGGAAGAGAAGUACCCCAAGACGACCCCCCCUGGGCCGCCAGCCGCCGUUUCACCCCCUGCCUCCGAGCCCCCGAAGGCUGAUGUCUUUGAGCAGAAGGUGGUGUUUUCUGGCUUUGGCUCCAUCAUGCGCUUCUCCACAUCCGCUUCGGGCACUGCUCGGGCCCGGGUGCCAUCUCCAGGAGAGUACAAGGCCCCCCACGUCCCCGGGGGAAGCGCCGGGCCUGGCAGCCACAAGAGGAUGCCCUCCCUCAGCGCAGCCUCCGAGGAGGUGGUGGAGGGCCUGAAGGAGAAGAAACACAAAGGGAGCAAGAAGAACCGUCACGGGCCUGGGAGGCCGAAGGGGAGUAGGAACAAGGAGGGGGGAGCAGGGCCCUUGGGACCGCCCCUCCCUGGGGCCCAGCUGGCCGGCUUUACUGCCACAGCAGCCUCGCCCUUCUCGGGGGGCUCACUGGUCAGUGCGGGCGUGAACAGUGCCUCUGCUUCCCGGGCCUUUGGACACCAGGCCGCCCUGCCCAGCCUUAGCCUGGAGUCUCCACUGCUUGGGGCAGGGAUCUACACCAGUAACAAGGACCCCAUCUCGCACGGCGGUGGGGUCCUUCGGGCUGUGUGCAGCACGCCCCUCUCCUCCAGCCUCUUGGGCCCCACAGGCACCUCGUCUCUGCCCCAGCUAAGCCGUUCCCCCUUCGCCAGCACCCUGCCCGCCUCCUCUGCCUCCAUCUCCACCACCCAGGUAUUUUCGUUGGCUGGUUCUACCUUCAGCCUUCCUUCUUCCCACAUCUUCGGGACCCCCAUGGGCUCCGUUAACCCCCUCCUCACCCAGGCUGACAACAGCCGAACAGAGCCUAGCCUGGAGGACUGCAGCUUCGGGUGCCGGGGCACCUCUCCGCAGGAGAGCCUGUCAUCCAUGUCCCCCAUCAGCAGCCUCCCCACGCUCUUCGACCAGACAGCCCCCUCGGCUCCGUGCGCCGGCAGCCAGCUGGACCCUGCAGCCCAAGGCACUGCUAACAUGGAACAGCUGCUGGAGAAGCAGGGCAACGGCGAGGCCGGAGUCAACAUUGUGGAAAUGCUGAAAGCCCUGCACUCGCUACAAAAAGAAAACCAGAGACUUCAGGAACAGAUCAUGAGCCUAACAGCAAAGAAGGAACGACUCCAGAUCCUCAACGUGCAGCUCUCAGUGCCCUUCCCUGUGGUACCUGCUGGGGUGCCCGCUGCCAAUGGACCCACCCCCCAGGGUCCCUACUGCCUGCCACCCAAUGCUGGCAGCAGUGACUCCCUAAGCACCAGCAAAAGCCCUCCUGGCAAGAACAGCUUUGGCCUGGAGAAUUCCCUCUCCAUGUCUUCCGAGGACCCUCACUCUGGGUGCCCAAGCCGAAGCAGUUCCUCACUAUCCUUCCACAGCACACCUCCACCCUUGCCCCUCCUGCAGCAGAGUCCAGCAACCCUCCCCCUGGCCCUGCCUGGCCCCCCAGCCCCUCAGCAGCCACAGUCACAAAACGGGCUGGCCCGGGGGGCUGGAGGAGUUGGCUUAGGGACAGUGUCCAUGGCUGAUGGCCUUCUUGGAGGCCUGGCAGGGGGUGGGACAUUGCCCCUCAAUGGACUUUUAGGUGGGCUUAAUGGGGCUGUGGCCCCCCCAACACCCACCGGCCUAAACCAGGGCAGCGGAACCCCGACAAUGCAACUUCCAGGGGGACUCAGCAGUCUGACAGAACAGCAGAGACACUUCCUCCAACAGCAGGAGCAGCAGCUCCAGCAGCUUCAGCAGCUUCUGACCUCGCCCCAGCUGACCCCGGACCACCAGACUGUCGUGUACCAGAUGAUCCAGCAAAUCCAGCAGAAGCGGGAGCUGCAGCGGCUGCAGAUGUCUGGAGGCUCCCAGCUCCCCAUGGCCAGCCUGCUGGCAGGCGGCACUGCCCCUCUGCUGCCCUCAGGCACCCCUGGUCUCCUGCCCUCAGCAGCCGCCCCACCCCUGCUGCCCGCGGGCUCUCUGGUGGCUCCGGCGCUGGGCACCGGCACCACCCUCAUGGCGGCAGCAGCAGGCGGGCCCCCUGUCCUCACCGCCCAGACCAACCCCUUCCUCAGCCUCCCCGGGGCGGACAACAGCGGGCAGAAAGGAGGGGUGGGUACCGUGCCCUCUGGGGUCCCCUCUCACCCUUUUCCCCCUGGCACUCUGGAGGGUCGAGUUGUAGCCACAGCAGAAGGAAGCAGGAAGAAAAAGCCAGCAGGGUAGCGAGGUGCCCGCCCAGUGGUCACCAGUCUAGACCUGGCCCAGGUGGGCUCUGAGGUUGGAGCUUCUCCUCCCUCUUUUCACAGCUCACAUUUGGGGUCACAGUCCCCCUUGCUCCUGCUCUGGAGGAGACCUUGGGUGGUUGUUUGUGGAGUCACAGAUCAGCCCGGCUUUCUCUGACUAGAGGCUGGGUGGUAAAAGGGUCAAAGGGACUGUGGCAGGAAAGGGGACCAGGGUGCAGAGGAGGUGACCGUCACCCCCUGCUAACGCCCCAGUCUUGUCUCCUCUCCUCUCCUUCCAGAGCGGUGACAAAGGAUCCUCAGGCAACCAGGAAAAAGGCUAAACAACCCCUCCCCCUCCCCGCCCCAGGGGGGCUUCAGGGGAAGCCCGGCCCCAGAGGGGGCCCAGCCGCAAGCAGGCGCCCGUGCUCAGACACUGGAAAGCCCUGGCAUAGAGGAGGUGCAAACGGGUCUCACCCAUCCCAUGCUGAGAUCCUGCCACCGGCCUGGCCACAGGACUAAGCAGGGUUUUGUCAGGGGGGGAGCCCACAGAGAGAUGGGGCAGAGAGACGAGCCUGGCGCUCCUCCCUCAGGCGGGAGGCUCAGCUCCAACUUAUCCGUAUCCUUUGAGAUUUUCCUCUGCGGAGGCCAGCCCCUCUUCCCCCUCCUCCCCAUCAGCCCUCUCGUCCCUCCGGAGACGUCCCCACUGGGGAUUUACAAGGAGAGGAGAGUCGACUCUGACCCCUACCGAGGGAUCCGCCCUCCCUGCCCGCAACGGGCUGGGGAAGGAAGUGGAUCGAGGGGGGCAGCUGGGGAUGAUGGCCGUGUCGCUCCCAGCAGACACAGGAGGAGGGCGCUCGAGAGGCUUUAGUGGUUGGUGAGGCCGGGGUUCGAGGCUGCCCCCUCCCUCCCUGCCCCCGUCCCGGGGAUGUGCCUGUGAGAAUUUAUCUGUACCCGUGUCUCCGGGGUGGGGGCUUGGGAGGGCAUGUAGCUCUGGCCUCCUGUCAGGGGCAGGGGCUCCCCAGCCCCACUGUUUGCAGGCACUGGGGGGGAAGGGAGGUCAGCUCGGGGUUUUCCAUCUUAAUAAGUCACAUGGAACCCAGCUUCCUCCCUUCUCCCCAGCCACCCCUCCCGGGGGUUCCUCUUGGGAAGAUGGAGGGAGGGGCUGGGUGUGCGUCCUGGCCCCCCUCCCCUUCCCCUCCACCCCACACUUCUUUGCACUAUUAGAACCUAUCGGUGGGGUGUGCUGUGACAGUGCUGGGGGGCCGGCUCUGUGAGUGAAUAUCUGUGUGUGUGUGUGUGUGGGUGUGUACAUCACUGGACCCUGGGAAGCUGGGGUGAGAGGAGAGUGGGCGCUGGCGGAGGCCGGGACUAGUGAGGGCGGGGAGAGCGCAUGCUGAGCAGGGAAGGGCCAAGGAGACCGUGGCCCCCGGCCACUAGGGGUCUCCAGCCAGGGUAACUGCCGUCUGUUUCUUUCCUGGGUGGGCACCCCCCAGCCCAGGACCUCGGCCCUCCCCCAAGGGGCUCCGAGCACCUCCCCCUCCCCUUUCUUCCCCUCCCUCUUCACACAUACACACACACACAUACGAGCACAUAGAUAUGUUAGCACAUACACACGCACACACAUACACGCACAUAGCUGAGUGGCGGGAGGCUAGGGUCCGCCACAAUCCGCUCAUUCUGUCUGCCCAUUCUAGCCUCUUUGCCCUCUCCUUAGGCCUGGGGAGCCCCCGGGAAUCAGGGCUGGGGGCAGGAAGCAAGCUGCACCAACAAGCCUGCCUUCCCCAGGAGGAAGCCCUCUGCCCAGCAACCAUUCCUCUUGGGUGGGGAGCCAGGAGGCUCUCCCUCCCCUCCCAGAAAGCCAAGGACAGGAUGAGUUUGGGGGCGCUAAAGAGGUUUGCUUCAGUUGCACUGGGGUGGGGAGUGGAUCAUGGGGGGGCGUCAUCGGAAAGGGCAGAGGCAGGGAGAGAUCCUUUCAUACCCAUCCAGAUACGUGUGCUUUGUCAUUCUUUUUGCAUGUGUGGUUUCUGUGUUUCUGUUUUGGGGUUGUUUUUUUUUUGUUUUGUUUUGUUUUGUUUUUUAAAUAAAGAAGAGGAGAUGUAUAUAUUUUUGGCAACGACAGAAGACGUAGCGCAGAUAUAUUUUUGCCCACGCUGCUCAAUCGGUUCUUUUCUGAUACUGAAAAUAAUAUUAAUCCUGUUGAUAAGACACAGGGAGCCUGAGGAGGGAGGGGGGGACAUCCCCCCCCGGGCAGUCUCUGAGGCUCGCCAAGAGCUCAGGGGGCAAUGUUGGAAAUCUCUGAAAUAAUCACUUUUUAUUAAUGCUCUACAGGCAGUUAGGGAGAAAUGGUAAAUUAUCAUCUUGUCCUUAAUCUAUCUAAACUUUUAAACGCUUUCACCCCUUCCCUUCCACCCCUCAAAAAUAGCAUCCAGAGAUCUCCUGAAUUUAUACUGUGUCAUCUUAGAAGGGUUCCCCAGCCCUAUCAGGUACAUUGUAGCUGAAGUUAAGGUAUUUAGGACGAUAAGGGAAGUAACUAUUUCUGAGCUGAGGGAGUAAGGCAGGUUAGUGUGCUGGGGCUGAGAUCCCCUUCCUGGGCCUUGGUCCAGCAGAUCAUAGGCCCCUUGGGGUCCCUGAGAGCCCCUCUGACCUGCAGGCCUGAUCCUGGGACUUUGGGGCUGGAGGCGAGGAAGGAACUCCCUAGCAAGCUUAGCUUAGCUCCUCGAAUGGGGAAGGAAGCAGGAAGGGGUCGGGCUGUGAUUCCGAGGGCCCGCCUGGCAUGGAGGUUCCCCAGGAGGCCCAGCCUCGCAGGUGCUCCCUCCCAGGCCUUCGUAUCAGGUAGAUUUGGUGAGAACUGACUUAGACUGAAGUGGGGGGAAGGAGGAGUCUGGGGGAGGGGGAGAGGCAGAUUUGUUUAAAGGUAGCCGUCUCUGUGUCUUGGGGAGGGGAAGGAUGUGGUUAGUCGGGGAGGAAGCCAGAGUUGGGAGAUUGGUGAGAGUGGCAGGGGUAUGUGUUACCCCUCCCAGCAUUUCAUCUGACCUGAAGAUGGGGGAAGGGGUGGGGGGAGGGGGAGGGGGUUUUGAGGCAGCGGACUGCUUGCAGGAAGGAAGGGCAGACAGGGAAGGGCACGGCCUGCAUCUGCAAGCCUGGUCUGGGGUCCCGGGUGCGUCUGUCUGCGUGGGUGAACGUUGCUGUAAGUGCUGUGAGGUCGAGUGGGAGCGCGUGUCUGCUGCUGUGUGCGUCCCGUGAGAGUUUGUCUGUACCCGUGUCUCGGGGGUGGGGGUUGGGGGGAGGGAGGGUCAUACGUAGCACUUACUCUUGCUUUUGAUCAGAGCAUCUCCAAUCUGCCACAUAAAGAAUUAUACUUUUGAAAGUUCCCUUCUCCACCCCCACCCCACCCCCAGCGUGAUAUUUUCUUCUUUUAGGAAGGGAGGCCAGAUUUUCCCUUGGCUUCCUACUAUACAGCUCCCCCUCCACACACACAUACACACACAUACACACACAUACCAUGUCCUGACUUGGAGGUAGCGGGGGAGCUCCCCAGAGACCUAGGACUCCCUGGACUCCUGGGAAGAGUCCCUGGGGUUUGGCCUUGUGCAGGGCCACAGGGGAAGGAGGGGAACUGGGAGAUCCGGGACAGGCCUUCCUCACCCUGAGCCCUCUUCCCAACCCUAAAAACAAACACUGUAAGCUCCACCAGCCCUGCGUCCUUCACCCCCCUGCCCUCCCCUAUCCUGUCCAGCCUGCUGUCUAGCAAGAGGUGGGGAGCUUGUGGAGCCAAGGAGGGAAGGGGGAAGACACCGUGCCCUCCCCAGUGCCCCUCUCCCAAGACUGUUCCAGCUAGAAGGGAGUGGGAGGCGACUCCUCUGGGAAAUGAGGGUGAAGUUCAAAUGGGGGCAAGAUGAGAUGCUCCUGGGAACCUCCUUUGUACAGCUAUGGUCCACCUUUGCCCCUUGCUUUAUUGAAAUGUCUGCAAGGGAAUUGGGUGCGAUAGGAUGGCUGACCACUAGCCUUCUGUCUCAUUCUGCUCCAAGAGGCCCCCAAAAGAACGUCUUUGUCACCUUUUCUCAGGCUGGCAAUGAAUUUCAUCUCAACCCGAUCCUGAUUUUUUUCACCCCUUCUUCCCCUGUCCCCCAGAUACUCAAGGGAACUGGAAUGGAAGGGAACAGCAGUCUGCAAAAUCCAAUGUUUGUUCCCUCCCCAGUUCUGAAUCCCCUUUCUUUCCUCAACCCAAGAGGUAGUGCUUCCCAUCACCCCCCUCUUCACCCUGUGGUGUGUAUAACUCAGAUCUUGUAUCUUUGUAUAACUGAUGUUAUUUGUACAAAGGGCAGUUCGUAAACAGCACUUGUUCUUUUAAUAAAAGAAUGUUUUACAAAAAAA